AUGUGCUCUUUCGAACUUCAUGGCUUUGCUGACGCUUCUGAAAAGGGGAAGGGUGCUGUCGUUUAUUUAAAGACAAUUUCGCCUAACGGAAAUUGUUUUAUUGAACUCAUUUAUUCUAAGACAAAAGUCGCUCCUGUUCAAACUGUUCCACUUCCUCGUCUUGAGCUAUGUGCCUUAGUUUUGUUAGCUCAUCUCGUCGCUCACCUUCAAACUCAACUGCGUUUUGAUGCUGCUCUACAUUUGUGGUCUGAUUCUAUGAACACACUUCAUUGGAUUUUAGCUGUUCCUACAAGAUGGAUGACAUACUUCGCGAAUCGGGUUUCGGAAAUUCAAACGAUCGUUCCUUCAGCAAUUUGGCAUCAUGUUCCGGGUGCAGAUAAUCCAGCUGACUGUGCUUCUCGCGGGUUGUCAGCUUACGAACUUUCGCAGUUUUCACUCGGGUGGAAUAGUCCUCCGUGGCUUAAAAAACAAGAAGAGUGGCCAUCAUCUCUGCUUGGCCCUCCAGAAAAUGCAGUGCCCAAAGAAGAACGUAGAGUUACUGUCAACGUAGCAGUUCGUGUUAAUGAACCGUGUGAUCUUCUGAGUCGUUAUACAUCUUUAGACAAAUUACUACGAGUCACUGCUUGGUGUCUUCGUGUUCGCGACGCUUUGAAGUGUCGUUCUAUUAUCGGUUCUCGGAUUUUAGUUGCAUCAGAUCUUCGAACAGCUCUUUUAUUCUGGAUUCAGCAAGGACAAAAUCGCUAUUUUCCUAAUGAAAUCACCGCUCUAAAAAAUAAAAUGCAGAUUUCUAAGACUAACACUCUAAUAAAGUUGACUCCAUUUUUUGAUGGUCAACUUCUUCGUGUCGGAGGUCGCUUAAAGCACUCUCUUCUCACUUAUGAUGAGAAUCAUCCACUGAUUCUACCUCCUGAGUCUAUUCUCACAACUCUUAUCAUCCGCGACUGUCACCUUCGCUGUCUUUAUGGGGGUGUCCAACUUACACUUGGAACGUUACGACAAUCUUAUUGGAUUCUUCGAGGUCGCAAUUUGGUCAUUUCAUUGAUUCAUCUGAGCAUUCCAUGCGUCAGAAACAGAGGUAAUACUCAGCAACAGCUGAUAAGUGACCUCUCUUCCAUUCGCGUUACUCCACCUGAACGAGUAUUCAUGAACACUGGGGUAGACUAUGCUGGCCCCAUCAAUGUUCGCACCUCCAAAGGACGAGGUCACCAUUCCCACAAAGCCUGGAUUUGUUUUUUCGUCUGCUGUGCCUCCUGCUCAGUUCAUCUGGAGUUGGUUUCUGAUUACACAGCAGAAGCCUUCAUAGCUGCUUAUAUUCGCUUCAUUUCUCGUCGUGGUCUUUGUCGAACGUUGUCUAGUGACGAGGGUACGAAUUUUGCGGGAGCAGAUCGUCAACUACAGGAAAUGUUUUCUGAGGCGUCAGCAGAGUUUGCUUCGGUCGCUACAUACCUUGCUUCGUAUGGUACCCAGUGGAGAUUCAACCCUCCUGCAGCACCUUACUUCAGAGGUUUAUGGGAAGCUGCAGUUAAGUCGACAAAAUUCCAUCUUCGUCGAGUCAUUGGAGACUCUACAUUGACGUUUGAAGAAAUGACCACUCUUUUAACACAAAUUGAGGCUUGCCUUAAUUCUCGGCCUCUCAGAGCUCAGUCAGAUGAUCCAACAGACAUUUCUGCCCUCACACCAGGACAUUUUCUCAUUGGAGCUUCACUGAAUGCAGUUCCUGAACCAUUGCUUGCAGACGUUCUUCCAAAUCGAUUAACUCGCUGGCAGUUGAUCCAGCAAAUGCGUGAUCAUUUCUCUUACAAAUAG